CUGUAGCCUGAUUGGCUCCAUGUGCUGUUGUGGGGCUGGAGUCAUUGUGGCUUGGUGUGAAGCCACCAAAGGAGCAGUGUUUCUCCCCACUGCUUAUUUGGUCAAAGCAAGGAAGGUUGGGGAAGCUGUCCGUAGUAGUGACCCAACCUGCCCAAGGAAGAGUUUUCAGAUGGUAAUCAGGUGCAGCCAUGCAGGAAAGCAUCCGCUUUGCUUCAGCAGGAGACGAUGUUAAAAUAUGGGAUUCUUCAUCUAUCACAGUGGUGGAGCAGUUCAACCCCCAUUCUUCCUCACCUACAGUCAGCUCACUCUGUUGGGGCAGUAAUAAUAAUUUUCUGGUCACAGCAUCUGAUGGUGGUGAUAAAAUAGUAGUCUCAAGCUGUAAGGGUAAACCUGUUCCACUCUUUGAACUAGCGGAAGGGGCACAACAGACAUGUGUGUGCUUAAAUUCUAGUUCUAUGUACAUUGCAAGUGGAGGCCUUGAUAAUACAGUUAAUAUCUGGGAUUUAAAAUCCAAAAGACUACAUCGAUGCCUUAAGGAUCACAAAGAUGAAGUAACUUGUGUUAAAUUUAAUUGGAAUGACUGCCAUAUAGUUUCUGGAUCUCUGAGCGGUGAAAUUAUUCUACAUAGUGUAACCACCAAUUUAUCCAGCACUCCCUUUGGUCAUGGUAGCAGUCAGCCUAUUCGACACUUGGAAUAUUCUUCUUUUAAGAAGUCCUUAUUGGGCAGCGUCUCUGACAGUGGAACUGUAACUUUGUGGGAUGUGAAUAGUCAAAUCCCCUGCCAUAAUUUUGAAAAUGUUCAUAAAGCUCCAAGCUCAGAAAUCUGCUUUUCUCCAGUCAAUGAGUUGCUAUUUAUAACCAUAGGUUUGGAUAAGAGGAUCAUUCUCUAUGAUACUUCAAGUAAAAAACUACUGAGAACUCUAGUAGCUGAAGCUCCUCUGACGGCAAUAGACUUCAUGCCUGAUGGUACUACUUUGGCUGUUGGAUCUUCCCGUGGAAAGAUCUACCAUUAUGAUUUAAGGAAGUUGACAUCACCAGUAAAAACAGUUGGUGCUCACAAAACCUCUGUGAAGUGUAUAAGCCUGCAGUUCAGUUGCACUUUUUCUAAGUCCAGCCUUAGUAAAGGCGCUUCAAGUAAGACCACAUCCAAAAGAGCAGAUGUCAAAACAGGUAGUAGCCUUGGAGGAAUUCAGAAUGCUGGGAUCAUUAAACAUUUUUCCUCUAAUACACCAGCUACAGUUUUACCACAGCCUACCUCAACAGCUGAGAGCAAAGGAACAGAUAUCAUUCAGGAUAAAGCAGGUUUUCCUCGUAGUGGCAGUCUGGAUGUAAUUCCAUCAAGAGAAACAGAUCAAGGGAAGAAUGCUGAGGUGGCUAACUUUGAUUUGGGACGAAAUAGUUUAGGUGACAUGUUUUCUCCCAUUAGAGAUGAUGUUGUUACUUAUAAAGCAAAUGAAGAUGUUCCAGGAAAAGGAGAUGGUAUGGAUUUUCAAUCUUACCUUUCUGGUUUGGAUUUCCUCCCGCAAUUGAACACUACAUUUCCCAUAAAAAGAAACCCUGUGGGUUCUAAUGCCCCAGGGACACAUAGUAGUCCAUUGCAUUUAUUUGUUGGAUCUCCGAUUAAAGAAGAAGAUGAACAUUCAAAUCAAGAUGCUGAAGUUAAGAAAAUAAGUCUUGGGAUACAAGAAUCUAGAGAAUCAUUCAAACAGCUUUUAAAAUUGAGUUCAUCAUCAAGUGCUGAGUCUGGACAUUCAAACCCUCCACCAGCAUCCGCUGUUAUCAAGACUCCUGAGGGAAAUGAGAAGCUAGCAAAGAAUAUUCAGACACAUCUAACAUAUGACUUGCCAGUGAAUGGUAUUACCUCAGCCAGUCCAAAGAUAACAUCAGCUGUUUCUGCUGGAGUUGCCAGUUCAUUAUCUGAAAAAAUAGUAGACACCAUUGGAAGUAAUAGACCAAAUGCACCCUUGACAUCAAUUCAAAUUAAUUUCAUUCAAAAUAUGAUACAAGAAACUCUGGAUGAUUUCAGAGAAGCAUGCCACCGAGACAUUGUGAAUUUGCAAGUGGAGAUGAUCAAACAGUUUCAUGUGCAGUUAAAUGAAAUGCAUGCCUUACUUGAAAGAUACUCUGUAAAUGAAAGUCUAGUAGCUGAAAUUGAGAGACUACGAGAGGAAAAUAAAAGACUGAGGACUCACUUCUGAAAGGUCUAUACAAAGUUAAUUUUGUUGGUAUGAGCAUAAUAUAUUUUGUAUGUUAGCCUAUUGAGAGAUCAUCUUUCCAACACGGAAGUAGCAUAUGAAGAUCUAUUUUUGUUUUCUUGAAUUCAGAAAAAAUACUUUCUUUUAAAUAAAUAUUGUAUGAUGCAAAACCUAACUAAAGUAUUUAAUAGAUCAAUCUGCAGUAAUAACAGCUGUAGAGAGUGUUCUUCUAUCUUCAUGGUAACAAGGCUUUACAUCUUUUGUCUAACUGGAAAGCUAACUUAAUUAUUUUAGCAGAGCUUUAGCUAUACAUGAAGUGCCUUUUAUAAACUAAAGGAAACAGGACAAAUGUAUUUUCUGUAAGAAAGAUUUAUAUAUACAUACUGUCAGAUGUGUUCAAUGCCAUUACUUUACAUUCUUGUCAGUAAUGGUCUUUUCCUUCAGUGUUAAAUAUUGUUGUGAAAGGGAGAGCCCUGUCUACAAUAUGACAUUGAGUUUUGCUUCUAAGUAGCUGGAAAAUACAAGAUCUCUGAUACUAAUUAUUUUAAUACGAAAUAUUAUCUAGAAAUUGCAAACUUGUAACUUCCUAUACUGAGUAAAACUGGGUUUCACUCAUAGAAAUAAUAAGUAAUGUAAUGUUAGUCUCCUGCUUAUUGUUGUGAAAAGCAUGAUAAAAGCAUUCUCAUGCUUGUUGUGAAGAGUUUGUAUUUCUGCCACUGCCUUUUGUUUUUUAAUGGUAUUUAAGUUGCAGGGUGAGAUUUUACUACAAUUCUAGCUAUUUCAAAUCUCCUCAAAGGAGGAGGCCUUCCUCUUUUGCAUAUUUACAUAAUUUAAUGACAUACUGAAUAAUUUACCCAGUUUUACUGAAUGCAACUCUCAUAGGCUUUGACAUUUUGUAAGGAAAUAUAGUCAACCGUUAAUACUACUAUAAUGUUGUCAUCAUAGCCAGGAUUGGACUGUAGCUAUAUCUACCCCACACUUUUGAUCAUUUAGUUACUAUCACUCAUUGUAUAAUGUAUUAUUAUAUGUAUGUACUGAUAUUUUCAGUGAUACCACUGUUGUAACUUACUUUUGACAGUGCUGAAUACCAAAUCAAUAUUGGUGUCUUAACUGAAAGUUGAUGUGAACAUGUUGCUUCAGUACUGGCUGUUGUCCGGUAGCACAGUGCUGUUGGUUCUGCUGUUGUAGUCUUACUGAGGCAAAGUACCUAGAGUGAUAAUAUGGCUUGCUGGUAUCAGUUGAAGUUGUUAUUGAUUUGAACGAGGCACCGUUUUACCUGCAGGGGAAACUUUGCCUCUGCAAGAUGUGCAAAAUUAGGCAUCUGCCACAAGUGCUUUUUACAGUCAAUUUUUCUGGAGAUCCGUUUCACCCUUGUCUCUUGUUCCCUUGUCCUCACCCCUCCCUCUGGGCACUUGGCUCAUUUGAAAUGCCAUCCAUUAUUUCAAUACAAAAGAAGAUGCUUGAAAACACCUCAAGUACAUUAGUUACAAAAUCUAAUGUUUACAUCCAUUCUGGCCUUUCUCUGAAAAUGAGAAGGCCAUAACAAAAAGUUUAGUGUGUUACUUGCAUUGUCUUGCAUUUGUUUUUAUAAUUGAAAAUAAGUAUUUUUCACCAUCUUUAACACAGUUUCUAACAGGGAGAUACUCCUGUAUUUUUUUACAAGGUUAACUAACUAUUUUUCUUAUAAAAACAUCAGAAUCGUUGUAUAAUCUUGAAAAGUAUGCAUAGAACUUGAAUAUCAUCUUGCAGUUUUAUUGCUACUGUUCAUAUGAGCUUUUUAAAAAGUCUUUCUAUAUUGUACAGAAUUUUUCAUAGUGAAAGGAAAU